AAACAAAGUCAGCUGUGAAACGUCAUAAAUAAACAUAAAAAUUUCAAAUGAUCAAAUCAAGCUAAAAAUAAUCAUUUAAAAAUGAGUAUAAUGAUGUAUAUGUUGCGCCAUAUGAAGCAAUCACCUUUUGCACCAGCAACACCGUACCUUUCAGAAAUCGUAAGACAAAGCUCCUCGGACGACAAGUUGAGCCCACGUAUGAAGGAAUUUCGCGAAAAACUCAAAACGAAAACCCCUAUAGGCAAACUAGAUGAAUUAGAGGGUAAACACCCUUACGAAGAGAAAGAACCUUUACCAGCUUGGCCCGAUAAUACAAACCCUAAUACAGGAGAAGUGGGGGGCCCAAAGGGUCCAGAACCUACCAGAUAUGGCGAUUGGGAGCGUAAAGGACGCGUUACUGAUUUUUAGGUUAUUAUUUGAGUAAAAUUUUUGUUAUUAGGCAUAGUUGUUUUGGUGUUUAUUAAAUAAAUUGCAUAUUUAUUACAUAUUGUUUUAUUUAUACUAAAUAAGAAUAUUAAUUUGUGUCUAUAAUUUGCUUUAUCCAAGG